AUGGCUUCGAAAGGAGCUGUCUUGCCUCUUUUGAGGCGCGAAUUGCGACCCACUUGGUCGCGACUCUCCAGAUCUUGCGCGCCUCUCGCCCCCUUCAACAACUCCGCUCGAAUCUCAAACAGUUCCCUCGCAGCGUCCGGCAAGCGUGCCAUUCGUCGCACAUCGUUCUUCCCGCCAAUCCAGGCUCGGGCCUUUUCGCAAUCACUAUCUCGAAAGCUGACCGAUGAGCAUGGCAAUUUUGAUCCGCGACAGUUGGACCGGGAGUCGGAUGAGGUCGAUGUUUGUAUCGUCGGUGGUGGCCCUGCUGGUCUGGCUGCUGCCAUUCGAUUGAAGCAACUCGCCAACGAAGCCGGCAACGAGGAGUUCCGUGUCAUUGUGCUGGAAAAGGCCGGUGAACUUGGUGCACACGUCCUUUCGGGUAACGUCCUAGAGCCUACCGCCAUGAACGAGUUGUUGCCAGAUUGGCUGUCGGAAGACAAUCCGUCUCGCUUCGAGAAUGUGACUCCGGCGAAGGAGGAUAAGAUGCGCUUUUUGACUAAAAACUCGUCCAUUCCGAUCCCUGCGCCGCCACAGAUGAACAACCAUGGCAACUACAUUAUCAGUCUGAACGAGCUCACGAAAUGGAUGGGAGAAAGAGCUGAGGAACUGGGUGUUGAAGUAUACCCCGGUUUUGCGGCCAGUGAACUCGUCUACAAGAAGUCGGAUGGCUCGGUUCUCGGUGUAGCCACCAAUGAUUUGGGAGUCGGUCGCGACGGCAAGGCCAAGGACAGCUUUGAGCGGGGAAUGGAGUUCCACGCCCGCGUUACCCUUCUUGCUGAGGGUUGCCAUGGUAGCUUGACGAAGCAGGUGAUCAAGAAGUACGACCUGAGACGCGAUAGCCAGCCCCAAACCUACGGUAUUGGUGUGAAGGAGAUUUGGGAGAUUCAACCCGAGAAGUUCAGACCCGGUGAGAUCACGCACUCCUUGGGCUACCCCCUUCCCAGCGACACCUAUGGUGGUGCGUGGAUGUACCAUUUUGGCGACAACAUGGUUAGUAUUGGCUUGGUAGUCGGGUUGGACUACCCGAACCCCUGGCUGUCGCCCUAUGGCGAGUUCCAGAAGCUCAAGCACCACCCUCUUUACAAGGAAGUCCUGGAAGGUGGAAAGUGCAUCUCCUACGGCGCGCGGGCUUUGAACGAGGGCGGAUUCCAGUCGAUCCCGAAGUGCGCUUUCCCGGGAGGAGCCCUGAUUGGCGAUAGUGCCGGUUUCUUGAACGUUCCGAAGAUCAAGGGUACCCAUUCUGCGAUGAAGUCGGCCAUGCUUGCUGCUGAGUCCGCUUAUGCGGCCCUGCAGGGAAGCUCGGAAGGCUCUGUAUUCUUGUUCGACUACGAAGAAGCUCUGCGCAAGUCGUCCAUCUGGAAGGAGCUGUACGAGGUGCGUAACAUGCGGCCCUCUUUCAGCACGCCACUAGGUCUCUACGGCGGUAUCCUGUACUCUGGUCUUGAAGCGUACGUUCUCAAGGGCAAGGCUCCCUGGACUUUGAAGCACCACGGCACGGAUGCUGCUGCGACCAAGAUGGCGUCUGAAUGCAACAAGAUCGAGUACCCCAAGCCGGACGGAGUGAUCAGCUUCGACAUCCUCACCAGCGUCAGCCGCACGGGUACCAACCACGAGGAAGACCAGCCGGUGCAUUUGCAGGUGGAAGACUGGGACAAGCACACCGAUGUUGCCUGGCCCAAGUACCAGGGUGUCGAGAACCGUUUCUGCCCUGCCGGUGUGUAUGAGUACGUGGAGGACGCUAGCAAGCCUCACGGUGUUCGCUUCCAGAUCAACUCUCAGAACUGCAUUCACUGCAAGACCUGUGAUAUCAAGGUGCCUACCCAGGAUAUUAACUGGCAGACUCCUCAAGGUGGAGAGGGCCCGAAGUACUUUAUGACUUAG